GACUCUUGAGUCGCAAGGCAAAGGGGGGAACUUUGAGGAGCUUCUUCAUUGCUUCGUUCUCCUUUCCCCCUUCCUUCUUCACAACAUUCUUCAAAAAUUCAAACCCUAAUCUAUAAAAAAAAAUCAUGAAAUUAAGUUCAUCAAUCUUCACUUUUCGCUUCCUAAACUUCAAUUCCUUAUUCAUUAAAUCUCAUCCUUCCUUCAAAAUUUCUGCCGCAACCAAAAGAACCAUGACUCAAUUCCCUAAUUUUUCCACGAAAAUUUCAAAUUCUUCUCCCGCCAAUACGGCGGAGGAUUCCCAGGUGUCGCCGCCCGAGCCCAGGCCGCAGUCUCCGCCUCGCAAGCCGUGGCUCAUCGUCGGUCUCGGUAAUCCCGGCAAGAAAUUCAAUGGCACCCGCCACAACGUUGGUUUUAUGAUGGUAGACGCUAUAGCUGAGGCUGAAGGGAUUUCUAUUAACACUGUUAACUUUAAAGCUCAGAUUGGAAAAGGAUUUAUAGGAAAUGUUCCUGUCAUGCUUGCCAAACCGCAAACGUUUAUGAACUCAAGUGGUGAGUCUGUUGGGGCCAUUGUAUCAUAUUACAAGAUUCCAUUGAAGCAAGUUCUUGUGAUUUUUGAUGACUUAGAUUUGCCUUUUGCCAAAUUGAGACUACUUCCGAAAGGCGGACAUGGUGGACAUAAUGGAAUGAGAAGCAUCAUCGAUAGUUUUGAAGGUAGCCGCAAUUUUCCUCGUCUAAGAAUUGGCAUUGGACGACCUCAAGGGAGGAUGGAUACUAUUAAUUUUGUUCUUCGUGCUUUCAACAAGCAAGAACGUGAAGAGGUCACAUCUUUUUAUCUUUCAGCUGGAGUUUACGUUUCAUAAUGGAAUCGAGGCUGUCCGGAUUCUCUUACUCGAGGGUUUCGAUAAAAGUGCAACAUAUGUCAACAGCACCAAAGCAAUGGAACAGCUUGGGUAAAAUUAUUGCUCCAGGCAAGCAGAAAAGUUAGGUAAUUUGCUAGCGGAGAAUAUGAUAUCAUUGAAUUUUCCUUUUAAUUACUCAUUAGUGAUUUUAGAUGUUAUUUUUUUGUUAACUGAUAUAUAACUGCUUCAAUGCAUUAGAAAUUUAGAAGAAUUAUUAUUUUUAAUCAAAAAAUGAAACUUGCACUGAUGGUGUAGAGAGAUGGAUAGAGGUAUUUCUUUGAUUUCAUUCAUGGAAAGAUGUUAUAUCUCUGGUUUUGUUGUAUUCAUUGUUUAAAUGGGGAUUUAUUUGUGUGCAUUGAUGAAUA